AUUAUCGCAUUUUUCUUAGAACAGUCGAGCUUUCGCUUGUGCUCGUGUCGCUUCGAGGUUAAGUUUGCUCGUAGUUGCCCCCUUUGAAACAAAAGCCAAAAAUAACCAUGAACGGAUCCCCGAGAAAAAAGCAACGUACGGAGCCCCAAGAGAGUAACGUGACGGUCAUUUUGGGGGCGCAAUGGGGCGACGAGGGCAAGGGCAAAGUGGUCGAUUUGCUCGCACAAACUGCGGACGUCGUAUCCCGGUGUCAGGGUGGAAACAAUGCAGGCCAUACAAUCGUCGUUGACGGGGUCGAAUACGAUUUCCACUUACUCCCCAGCGGAAUCAUACAGCCUAACGUAAAGUCCGUCAUUGGCAAUGGUGUUGUCAUACACCUGCCCCAACUAUUCGACGAAAUCGAAAAAAACGAGAAGAAAGGCAUGAAAAACUGGGAGGAAAGACUAAUCAUCUCAGAUAGGGCACAUUUAGUAUUUGAUUUCCAUCAAGCGGUAGACGGUUUACAAGAACAAGAAAACAAUAGGAAGGGCCAAGGGUUGGGCACGACUAAAAAGGGUAUCGGACCAACGUACUCCUCGAAAGCGACCAGAAACGGGAUCCGAGUGGGGGAUCUACUUGGGGACUUUAAAAUAUUCAAAGAAAAAUUUACAGCCUUGGUCGGAAUGCAACAAAGGAUGUUCCCGAGCCUAGAAGUGGAUAUCGACGAGGAAUUGACCCGGUACGAAAAGUUCGCCGCCAAAAUUAAACCUCUCGUAUACGAUACCGUUUCGUUGCUAGAUAAAGCAAUAAGGGAUGGCAAAAAGGUGCUUGUGGAGGGUGCAAAUGCCGCCAUGUUAGAUAUAGAUUUUGGUACUUAUCCGUAUGUAACGUCGUCGAAUUGUACCGUGGGUGGUGUCUGUACAGGAUUAGGAAUUGCCCCAAUGAAAAUUAAGAAAGUUAUCGGGGUGGUUAAGGCAUAUACUACCAGGGUGGGAGACGGUCCUUUUCCCACUGAGCAAAUUAAUGAAAUCGGUGACCUGAUGCAAGAACGAGGAGCGGAAUUUGGUGUUACGACAAAAAGGCGAAGAAGGUGUGGUUGGCUGGACGUGUUCUUGCUCCAGUACACCAAUAAAAUCAACGGUUAUACCGCGUUUUGUGUCACAAAACUUGACAUUUUGGAUACACUAAAAGAAGUUAAAAUCGCCGUCGGUUACAAACUAAACGGCAAGAAAAUCAACUAUAUGCCCUCGACCGCCUCCGAUUUAAGUAAAGUAGAGUGUGAAUAUAUCACGAUGCCGGGCUGGCAGGCCAGUACCGAAAACGUCAGGGAAUUCAAAGACUUGCCGGAAAACGCACAAAAUUAUAUAAAUAAAAUCGAGGAAUUAGUCGGCGUUCCUAUAAAAUGGAUCGGAGUGGGAAAAGGACGAGAAUCUAUAAUAAAAAUCAAUUAGCAUAAGUAAAAACUGUAUUAUAUUUUUAAUAAUUGUGUAAAAUAGCUGUUGUUACUUAAAAAAUGCGCAAAUAUGUUUUUUAUGCUGUACUUAGCACGUAGACUUUUAAGUUCAAAUUUGUUAUUGUUUAAGUUUCGUCUCGGUAACGUUAGUUAAUGGCAGUGUUGUUUACUAGAUAUAAGAGGAUCUCGAACAGGAACCAAAUACAAGUUUUUUUCUGUCAAAUUAUAUUAAAUAUUCUUUAGUUACUACAAGCAGAAAUUGAAACAGUGUGGUAUUCUAAUAAAAUAUCAAAAAGA